GUAACUCAUAGAUUCCGCAGGAUCAUCCACCACACUCUACAAGAUACAGCCUGAGAAUAAAUGAUGAAGUCUCAAACUUGGACAAUUUUCCUGCUUUCCUGCCUUCUGUAUCCACAACCAGUCAUCUCAAAAAAGGUCACAUAUUAUGGAGACCAGGUCCUCAAGAUCACCCCGAAGACUCCCACACAGAGUUUAUAUUUACAAGCACUUACAAGACAAUGGCGGCUAGAUCUGUGGAAACCAGACAGUGUAGAAGACAUUUAUAUGGACAGAGAAAUCCAUGUUCGAGUCCCAUCUACCUACGUCCAGCACAUGAAAGAAAAUCUUGAUCAGCAAAAAGUUCCUUUUAAAAUCAUGAUUGAAGAUGUUCAGAAAUUGAUAGAUAACUCCCUUGCAAGUCGGAGCAGAACAAAGGCGAUAUCUCUGGAAACCUACAACUAUGCUGAGUAUCAUCCAAUGGAUGAGAUUUAUGAGUGGAUGGAACAGAUUAAAGAUAAGCACAGUGAUGUAGUGUCACACCACCUUCUUGGAAAUACCUAUGAAGAACGGACAAUCGAAUAUUUUAAAGUUGGAUUGCCUUCAAAGAAGACAAAGAAAGUUAUAGUUAUGGAUUGUGGAAUUCAUGCACGGGAAUGGAUUUCUGUAGCUUACUGUCAAUGGUUUGUGAAAGAGAUUCUUGCAAAGUACAAGAGUGAUGCAUUGCUGAACAAACUUCUCAAACAAGUUGAUUUCUACAUCGUACCUGUUCUAAAUGUUGAUGGAUAUAUUUACAGCUGGACAAAUGAUCGUCUCUGGAGAAUGAACCGCUCACCACAAAAUGGGACUUGUUUUGGAGUGGAUCUGAACCGUAAUUUUGAUGUAAAAUGGUGUGAGACGGGUGCAUCAACAAACUGUUUGGAUAUAACUUUCUGUGGACCGUCAGCUGCUUCAGAGCUAGAAACAAAAGGAAUCGUCCAUUUAGUGGAACAGCACAAGUCAAAUAUUCUUUUGUAUCUUACCAUGCACUCUUAUUCACAACUGAUUCUUCUUCCUUAUGGAUUUACAAUGGAGCCAGCUGAAAAUCAUGAUGAAAUGGACAAAGUGGCAAAAGAGGCAGCUGCAAAACUGAAACUUGUACAUAAUUCCACUUAUCAUGUUGGACCUACAUCACAUAUAUUAUAUUCUACUUCUGGAACUUCAGCAGACUGGGCAGCAGAUAUUGGCAUCAAACUUUCUUACACCUACGAACUAAGAGACGAAGGCGACUAUGGAUUCGAGCUACCAGCUGAUCAAAUUCAGCCUACUUGUGAAGAAACAUUUGCUUCUAUGCUCUCAAUGUUUGAAUAUAUAGAUAAGCAAUACCUAGGACCUCUUGAUGAAGAUGAUGAUGAUGAUGAUGAUGAUGGUGGUGGUAAUGGGGCAGUGGCUAUCUCUUCCCUUUGGAUUAAUAUGCUUCUCUCAUUUGCUGUCUGCAUAUACUGUGCUCUGAUAAAUUAAGAAUUGUAUUCAUGCUUAGGAAAAGCACUUUGCAACAUUCUAUAGUACUAAUAUAAUUGCAAAAUUAGGCAUAUUACCUUUUACUUUUUUCUUUUAGAUAAUAUCAUUUUAUUCUAGUGUUUAAAGUUUACAGUUGAACUCUGGAAAAAAAAGUCCUCUCUUGCAGUGGGGAUGUGUGUGCCGGCACUGCAGAAGUUAAAGUGAUUGUAAAGGAAUUUUUUUUUUUUUUUUUAAAUAACAAACAUGUUAUACUUACCUCCACUGUGCAGCUCGUUUUGCACAGACUGGCCUGAACACCGUCUUCUGGGAUCCAUCGGUGGCUCUCGUAGGUCCUCCCCUCAUCAGCCAACCCCCUAGGAGAAGCGCUCUCCCAGAAGGUUACCUUGCAGUCGCGCUCCUGAGUCAUUCAUUUGGCGUCCAUAGCCGUAUGACUCAACCCCACUCCCGGCACCCGUCAUUGGAUUUCAUUGACAGCAGUGGGAACCAAUGGCUGCACUGCUAUCAAUCUAUCCAAUCAACAGCUGGGACCCCAUGGACAGAGGGACGGCACAUCCCUGCCAAGGGAAAUUCGGGGCUAAGGCAAGUAAAGCGGGGGGCCGGUCACUGCAAGGUGUUUUUUCACCUUAAUGCAUCCUAUGCAUUAAGGUGAAAAAACACAAGGGUGUAUAACCCCUUUAACUGCUAGUUUAUGCCUGAGGGGACAGAGAAAAGCAGUUUUACUUACCUGAUACUCCACUCCCACAGGAUCCUCUGCACAUCAGCUGUCUGUGGUCCUCUGAUAUCACCAAGACCUAUGUAGGGACCAUAGCCCUGCAUUGGAUGUGAAGACGCUGAGGGACAGUCUACUGUCAGAGCAGAGGGGUGCACUGUUUGCUGGGGGAGCGGAGAAUCAAGUUAAUAAAAGUGCUCUCUUCAAUGGUCCUAUGUCCCUAGCUUGCAUCUUCUAUCUGGCUUCUUCCAGGUGUCAGGCUGUGACCCUCUUCAUUAGCCAGUGCAGGAUGAUGUCACUACUGCACAUGUGCAGGAGUGCAGUCAUCCCGGGACACAGGCAUUGUGCCGGAAGGUAAACUGAUUGGCACUUGUGCAGCUCAGUGUUCACGCCAAAGAAGACUGUAAACUGGCAGGUAGGUUUAUUUUAUUGCAGCACAGAGAAUGCACAUCUCUUCUGCAAUAAAGAGCCUGCCUACUCG